AUGACAACGAUUGAGGGUCCAGAGACACAUAAUCAUUGUUUAUCCCUUAUUCCAAAGAUGAUUAGGUUUACUUGUCAUCUAUGUGGAUUAUUUGAUGACCGGUUCCCUUAUGUAUGUAACUUGUGUGAUUUGAGUUUUCACAAAGACUGUGCCGAGUCUACACGAGAACUCAACUACUCUUGUCAUCCUAAACAUCCUCUCAAGCGUGGAAAGUGUUGUUUGUGUGGAAACACGCUUCCUAUUGUUUUUUAUCAUUGUUCCAUUUGUAACUUCAGCGUGGAUCUCAAUUGUUCAAAGCAUCCACCUCCUUUCACUCUUGUCCACCCUAAGGCUCAUGUGCAUCAACUCAUUCUUAUGCCGCAACGAAGUUUCGUUUGCAAUGCUUGUGGAAUGGAUGACGAUCCGAAUCCUUAUGUAUGUCCUGAGUGCAAUUUCAUGAUCCAUAGAAAUUGUAUAGACGUGCCGCGCGUCAUCAAAAUAAAUCGUCAUGUUCAUCGUAUCCAUUACAAUCAUUGCCUUGGCGCCGGAGACUGGAGCUGUGGACAGAGCCGUCCCUGGGAGCAAGCAGAGCAAGCUCCUGCUUGCGGCCCUUUGUCUUUAUAUAGAAUAAUUCGGCCCAUAUUUCCAAAGAUUUCUCGUAGUCUAGUGGUUUCCUUGCUGUCUCCUGAGCUUCAAGGUCAUGAGUUCGAGACUCCUAGACAAACUAAUCAGCCCUUUUUUAAAAAUAGCUUGCGGCCAUUCAUAAGUCAGGGACGGCCCUGGCUGUGGAGUGUGCCAUAA